AUGGUCAAUCCAAAAGAGCAAGUGCAAGCUAUUACAACCAGAAGUGGGGUGCAACUUCCUGAGAUUCAUGUGAAGAGACCAGAGCGAAAAAACAAAGAAAUAAUGGGUAAAGAGGCUGGCACAGAAGCAGAGUCUGAACAACCAAAUGACAAAGGGGACGAAAGGAAAGAAACAAAUGUAGUUAGAGCACCCAGUCCCGUCUACACAAAAUUCUUGAAAGAGAUCCUAUCUAACAAAAGGAAGCUGGAAGAACAUCAGACAAUCUGCCCGAAUGAGGAGUGCAGUGCAAUUCUAUUGAGAAAGCUACCUCCUAAACUAAAAGACCCAAGGAGUUUCACGAUACCUUGCACAAUUGGUUCUAAUUAUUUUGAACAGCCCUUAUGUGAUUUAGGUGCUAAUGUUAACCUUAUGCCUCUCUCUGUUUAUAGGCCUCUUGGGUUGGAAGAAGCAAAACCUACAACAAUCUCUUUGCAACUGGCUGACAGAUCGAUCAAACGACUGAAGGGGAUUAUUGAAGAUGUGCUAGUUAAACUUGACAGAUUCAUUUUUUCGGCUGACUUCAUUAUUUUGGACAUGGAGGAGGACUCAAACAUUCCUCUGUUUUGGGAAGACCCUUCUUGGCUACUGAAAGAGUGCUGA